AUGAUAUCCAGGGUCAUUGGAGCCAGAAUUGGCAAUGAUGAUAUCCAUGGUCUUCAGCUGCCCGGGGUUAUUGGAGCCAGAUUUGGUGAUAGUGGUAUCCACGGCUUGGAGCCACCCAGGCUAUUUGGAGCCAGAGCUGGUGAUGAUGGAUUUUUAAGUACUGGGGACCAAGCCGCUAAAGGAAAUUAUGGGCUUCUUGAUCAAAUACAAGCAUUACGAUGGAUUAGUGAAAAUAUAGCUUUCUUCAGCGGCGAUCCAUUAAGAAUAACUGUUUUUGGAUCUGGCGCUGGUGCUUCUUGCGUCAAUUUGUUGACUUUAUCCCAUUAUUCUGAAGGUAACCGUUGGAGCAAUUCAACCAAAGGCCUUUUUCAGAGAGCAAUAGCACAAAGUGGUACUGCUUUGUCCAGCUGGGCAGUCAGCUAUCAGCCAGCAAAGUUCGCAAGGCAGUUGGCCACAAAGGUUGGCUGCAACAUGAUAGAUACCAUUGGCUUGAUUGAAUGUUUACGUUCUAAACAGUACAAGGAACUGGUUGAACAAGACAUACAGCCUGCAAGAUACCAUAUUGCCUUUGGACCAGUCAUUGAUGGAGAUGUUAUACCAGAUGACCCUCAGAUCCUAAUGGAACAGGGUGAAUUCCUUAACUAUGACAUCAUGCUGGGAGUAAAUCAAGGUGAGGGAUAUAAAUUUGUUGAAAACAUAGUGGACAACGAGGAUGGUGUUUCAGCCAGUGAUUUCGACUUUGCUGUGUCUAAUUUUGUGGAUAACUUGUAUGGUUACCCAGAAGGCAAGGAUGUCCUAAGGGAGACCAUCAAAUUCAUGUACACAGAUUGGGCGGACCGACACAAUCCAGAAACACGCAGGAAGACAUUGUUGGCUUUGUUUACUGACCACCAGUGGGUGGCACCAGCAGUGGCUACAGCUGAUCUACAUUCAGGGUUUGGUUCACCUACUUUCUUCUAUGCCUUUUACCAUCACUGCCAGAGUGACAUGAUGCCAGCUUGGGCUGAUGCCUCUCAUGGAGAUGAAAUUCCUUAUGUGUUUGGGGUUCCAAUGAUUGGUGCUACUGAACUUUUCCCAUGUAAUUUCUCCAAAAAUGAUGUCAUGCUAAGUGCUGUUGUGAUGACCUACUGGACCAACUUUGCAAAAACAGGUGACCCAAAUCAACCAGUUCCUCAGGAUACUAAAUUUAUCCACACCAAGCCAAACCGUUUCGAAGAAGUUGCCUGGUCAAGGUAUUCCCAGAAAGAUCAACUCUACCUGCACAUUGGAUUGAAACCACGUGUUAAGGAGCACUAUAGAGCUAAUAAAGUCAACUUAUGGUUGGAGCUGGUUCCUCAUUUACAUAGCUUGAAUGACAUUUCCCAGUAUACUUCUACAACAACAAAGGUCCCAUCAGAGAUUACAAUCAGACCAUCAAAGAAGUGGUCUGUUACCACUAAACGUCCUGUGACAUCAGUCUUUCCUACUGUCAAACAGGAUGACCAGAAGCAUUCAGCUGGUCCUUUCUUGGUUGAUCAAAGGGACUAUUCAACAGAGUUAAGUGUUACUAUUGCUGUUGGAGCUUCCUUAUUGUUUUUAAAUAUCCUUGCCUUUGCAGCAUUGUAUUAUAAGAAAGACAAAAGGAGGCAUGAUGUUCAUAGAAGAUGCAGCCCUCAACGUAACACCACUAAUGACCUAACCCAUGCACAAGAAGAAGAAAUUAUGUCCCUGCAGAUGAAGCACACAGAUCACGAAUGCGAUUCCAUCCAUCCACAUGAGGUUGUUCUGCGGACAGCCUGUCCUCCGGAUUAUACGUUAGCAAUGAGGCGAUCUCCAGAUGAUAUACCUUUAAUGACAUCGAAGACCAUUACAAUGAUUCCAAGUAACUUCCCAGGAAUGCAGCCUCUCCACACGUUCAACACAUUUACUGGGGGACAAAACAACACCCUUCCGCAUCCUCAUCCCCAUUCACAUUCAACAACUAGGGUAUAGCCAAACAAGGAUUUGAAGAAAAAUGAGCGGUCAAAAAAGUGUGAGAUUGCAAGUGAAGAUCAUAUUUGAAUUGGUGUUCAUGGAGCAUGACCAUUUCUAAAUUAAAAGAGGAAACAAUGUGGGGUAAUCAUCUCCAGUACAGUUGGAAAUAUUCCUUAAAGGCAAGUAAGUUUUGAACCCAUCUGAUCAAUUUUAAAAAUUCUCAUAGAUGGCAAUAUUUUGAAGUUCUCUUGGGAAAGGAGAAAUACUUUUCUCUGAAGACUUUGAACUAUGAGUUCUGCUUUGGUGCCAAAAGUAAUGUUGUCCAGUUAGGCAUGUGUGGCACUAUUGAGGAAGGAUUUCAAACACUAACAUAGAAGACUGCGCAAAUGCACAAGGAGUAAAUUCCUAGAAUGAAACAAAUUCUGUCUAUUUUCUUUUUGGAACAGUGCCAUUCUUCAAGUUUGCAUAUGAAGUAUACAUUAAGUACAUGCUAUUAAGUUUUGUGUGGAGUAUUCAUGCACAAGGAUAUGACUGCUUUCUUUCAAUAAGACAGAAGAAUAAACCAAUUACUGCCAUGAACAGCUUUUUGCAAAGUGCUUUCAACACAAUUUCGGCCUACAUGCGACAGGACAUUUUUAGCACGAAACGCAUGAUUAUUUAUCUGCUUGGUGACUGUGCUGCUCAGUAAGCUGUGAAAAGACCAUACUUUGCUUCCCCAUUCAGAUUAGUAUUAAAAAAGCUUCCUUCAUCAAAUGACAAAUUGCAGAAGAGGUUGAUGCAAAUCCAAUCAAUAAGUUCUUGGUAGUUUCAAUAAAACAGAUCAAAGAAAGUAGUUUUGUACAAAAUGUGCUAGAAUAAUUGUUGAAGUAAACACAGUUAUACAUUCUAGAAAAGGGAAUUUUCAGUGUUGUAAUUCUUCUUCAUCAGAUUCUGUCCCUUUUCUAAUGUUAUUUAGUGCAAGAUUAACAAACAGAUCUGCAGUAAGGGGAGUCUUAUUUCUUAUCAUUCACUAGUAUCCUUGAUUAUGUUUAUUCAGAAAAGAUGUGCUAUUGAGAAAUGAGACCCUAUGCCAAAAUAAAUAGUUUAAGUAAAGACAGUCUCAAAGUUAAUUUUAUUAGUACAGUAUAUAGGUUGAUCAGGUUUUCUCGGAAUGCAAAUACAAUGGGAAGGAUAUUAUGUUCCAUUGCAAUCCAGGAUAGCGAUGUUAUUCAAUUAUUCUGCAAUAACAUUAGCAUAAAAUAUAUGGAAAAAUAACAGAAUAUUAUAUAAGAUUCUUUUUUCAAUUAGUUAUUUCAAUUGAAAGUUUACAGCCUGUUCAAUAUAAUGUUACCAUGUAGCAUUGAUUGGAUAUGACACCACUGUCACUUUUAGGAGAAUAUCAAAAUUGCCAGAAGGACUUUAGCCAAUUAUUUUAAUGAAUGACUUGCAGCAUUUGAUUUUGUUAAGCAUGCCUAAAAGCACUUAUUAUUUCACUAAAAGUAUGUUAAAGUAAAAUUCAUUUUUUACACCUUUCUACAAUAUUAGAGCCAUAGAGUCAUUCACCUGCAGCUGAACCAUAGACCUCCAUACCCCUCGCAUCCAUGUACUGAUCUAAACUUUUCUUAAAUGUUGAAAUCGAGCCUGCAUCCACCACUUCCGCUAGCAGCUAGUUCCACACUCUCACCACCCCGUGAAUGAAGACCCUCCACCUCAUGUUCCCCUUAAACAUUUCACCUUUUGCCUUAACCAAUGACCUCUAGUUCUAGACUCACACAAUCUCAGCUGAAAAAGCCUACUUACAUUUACUCUAACUAUACCCCUUAUAAUGUUAUAUACCUCAGUUAAAUCUCCCCUUAUUCUCCCAUGCUCCAGGGAAUGAAGUCCUAACCUAUUAAACAUUUCCCUAUAACUCAGCUCCUCAAUUCCUCCAAACAUCCUUGUAAAUCUUCUCUGUACUCUUUCAAUCUUACUGAUACCUUUCUUGUAGGUAGGUGACCAGAAAUGCACAAAAUGCUCCAAAUUAGACCACACCAAUGUCUAAUACAACUUUGAUAUAACAUCCCAGCUCCUGUUCUCAGUAUUUUGAUUCAUGGAGGCCAAUGUGCCAAAACCUCCCUUUAUGACCCUGUCAACCUGUGACACCACUUUCAAGGAAUAUGGAUCUGUAUUCCCAAAUCCCUUUGUUCUACCAUACUUCUCAGUGCCCUGUCCUUCUCUGUUUCAAAAUCAGAUUUAAUAUCACUGGCAUAUUGUGGAAUUUGUUGUUUUGUGGCAGCAGAACACAUAAUACUAAGCUUUAUGUGUUGGGAUAAGAAGUAUAUAUAAAAAUAAAUUAAAUAGGUAGUGCAAAAAGAUGGAAAAAUACUGAGAUAGUGUUCAUGGGUUCAGUGUCCACUCAGAACUCUGAUGGUAGAGGGAAAGAAGCUGUUCUUGAAACAUUGAGUGAGUGCCUUCAGGCACCUGCACCCUCCCCCCACCCGAUGGCAGCAGUGAGAAUUGAGAAUAGGGUAUAUCAUAGGUGAUGGGGUCCAUAACGGUGGAUGCCACCUUUUUGAGGAAUCGCUUUCUGAAGCAGCCCUGGAUGCUAGGGAGGCAAGUGCUCAAGUGAUCUUGUACGGUGGCCCUCCAUACCAGACAUGAUGAAACCAGUUAGAAUGCUCUCCAUGGUACAUCUGUAAAAGUUAGUGAGUUUACUAAGUUCUGCACUGGUUUGUUUUCCCAACAUACAACACCUCACACCUGCCUGCAUUAAAUUCCAUCUGCCAUUUUUCAGCCCAUUUUUCCAGCUGGUCCAGAUCCAACAGCAAGCUUUGAUCGCCUUCCUCGCUGCCCACUACAACCCCAAUUUUAGUACCCUUUGAGGGGGAACUUCGUCACUCAGAGAGUGGUGAGAGGUGGAAUGAGCUGCCAGCGGGAGUAUUGGAUGCAGGUUUGAUUACAACAUUUAAGAGAAGUUUGGAUAAGUAUAGUACAUGGAUGGGAGGGGUAUGGAGUGUUAUGAUCCAGAUGCAGGUCGAUGGGACUAUCCAGAACAAUAGAUCAGCACAGAGAAGGUGAGUCGAAGGGCCUGUUUCAGUGCUGUAGUUCUCUAUGACUUUAUGACUAAUAUUUUAGAAAGGGGCAAUUAAUUGUGGGUUUCUUUAUAUUACGGUCAUUGAAUUACUCCUGAACAUCUGCUCCACAUAUAUAAUCAGUACGUAACUGAUUUCGUAUGGUUCACCAUAAAUCAUACAAACCUAAAUGAAAUCAAUUAAAAUAAAUAACUUAGUGCUGCACACAUAUUUGCUCUUUGUUAAACUAUUGUCUAAUAAACACAAGUAUCAAAUACUUGUUUGGAAUUAAUUUACUGAAGAAAGCUUCUGAUUAAUAUAUUGAAAAUAAAUGUGUAAUUGAAAGAAAUUUCUCCAAAUAGAUUUGGAAUUUGUGAGGUAAUUUUUAAUGUGAAUGGAUAAUACUCACUAAUUACUUGAUACAAUGUUAAAAUCUCGAUUUUUUUUUUAGUUUUAUUGUUUCCCUAGAUUCUAAACAAUUAAUUAAUUCACAGAUAAAGGACUGAAAAGUGUAAUUAAUUUCAUUAAGUGAUUUUAUUUUAGAAGGAUGUCACUAGACCUUUUUUUUUUGCCUAGGCUUGCUUUUGGUAACAACAUGCUCGGUUGAUUUGAAGUAAAUUUAAGAUUAGGGAACAGAAAAAUUUUUUAUUGUACUGUGCUUUCUGUAAAUUAUUUACCUUAUAAUCGCUGUAAUUUUAUUGCGCAUUGCUUUUAUCGUGUUGAAUAUCAAAACGCAGUACAAUUACUGCUUGCUUAAAGACAUUAGAACUGUAAUCACCUGUAAAAAAGUUUUCUUUACAUUUUAUUUACAAAGAAAAUUUCAGUUCUGUUUCUUCUCAAGGAACCUCAACAUGAGAAAUCUACAUAUUUUGUAAAUAUUUCAAAAUGCGCAAAUCCUUUCACAUUCAGUAUGGACAUGCUAUGUAUGAAAUCAGACAAUGAUGUAAGAUUCUUGGAAGAAUGAUUGGAAUGGGAAUGAACACUUACAAACUUUGAAAUAUUUUAUUCCAAUUUUAUAACUUAAUAAUUUUAUUAAUUUGGAUUUUUCAUUAAAUUACAAGUUAUUAUCAUGAACGUAAACUGAAUUUACGAUGUAUCGCAGCUUUAAUUGUUGUAAGAAAGCAGAUCAUGAGAUUUAUUUCGUGUAUUUUACAUGAAUAUUGUGACACAACUGGGGAAAUUAAAAUAAUAGGCUGUCAAAAGUGCCCUGAUACUUUGUUGCUUGUAAACUGUUUCUCCUGUGCUGUUUGAGGUAAUUUAUCCUUUUCAUUUUCCAGUGAUAAUUUGUAUUUGAGUAUUGCUACUUAAUAUAAGCAGCAUUAGAUAGUUUGACCGAAUGGUUCUUCUUGUGGAACAUUUGCCAAAAAACAUUUGAGUAUUGAAGUGCACAAAGAUUAUUUGUUCAGGAUCCUUUCACAUCCAGAAUUCACAGCCAGUAUGUCUUUAUACGUUUUUGUCAUCAAAUAUUUCCCUGCCAUUUGUCGCAAGCAAAUAGAAUUAUUUCUUUUACUUACAAAGGCUUAAUAGCCUCAAAUGACUGUAAAAUUGUUUCUGAACAAUGACUUAAGAAUUUCUUAAUAUCAUUAAUAAAUAUCAUAUUUUUUAACUUCUCCAGGCUGUUCCUCAUUGUUCACCAGUCUCUUGCUACUCUGUGACGGAGUCCCUUUUAGAUUUUUUUUAGUCAGACUAAAUUCUUUCCCAGAAUUUUAAGCAAGUUUUACUUUAGCUUCAGAAGAUGUUUAUUUUCUACUUAAUAUGCAAUAAAUCUUUCUAAUAUUCUGUCUCCAUUGAAAUGGCAAUUCCCACUGAAGUAUUGAGCAAUGUACAGUAUAUCCCCACAACCUUCUGGCAUUUUGCAUCAGAUGGUGAUUAGUCAUCUGCACAUCUGUGUAGCAAAUAUCAGCAGCCUAUCUGAUUAUGGAAUCGAUCAGAGCUAACCCAAAUCUUCUUCUCAACUCAAACAAAAAUGUAAAUACAAGGAAAAUAUGGCAAUAGCAGCCACUGAUUAUUAGGAACAUGAACCCUAAUGAAGUUUGCAGCACUCCUAGCUCGAUCUCUCUCUCUCUCUCUCUCUCUCCUUUCAAACAAAUUGGUCCCAGCCCACACCACUGACCGGCAGUGUUAUUCCAAGGGAUUCAGGGAGUUCUCUGUGGAUAGAUCUUGGGAGAAAUUUUAAAUAUUACAUUGAGGCAGCAAGGGAAUGAUCUUCUGACAUGUGAUUAAAAUGCAUCGUUGCAACAAUAUUAUGAGUAUUCUAAGUUCCAGGCUGGCAAUUUGUUCUAUACUCUCACUUGAUUUCCUUUUCCAUGGAAGCCAGAGGAAAUUCUUCAUGUUGUACUUCUGACCUGAAGUGCAUGUUGACCGAAUUCAAACAGGAGAUAAAAAAAAUGCACAAAUUUCCAGUCCCAUAUUGAACAACUUUCCACUAUAAGAGCACAUUAGAAACCUAAAACUUUUUAUGAACAGAUGUUAUUGUGUAUCCAGUGGUCCUAUAAGUUGAUGUCUUUGCUAAUGCUGCCAAGCCUGAUAAACAGUGCAGUUUAA